AUGAUGUGGUAUUUUUUUAACGACUUUCUCAUCGCUGAAAUCAGUGAAGAUCCCAAGGAAAUCUGUACAGAUGUUCAGUGUGAAGAUGCUUAUGACGGAGUGUCAGUGUUUGUGAAGAAGGGAGAUUCAGUCAUUCUACACACUGAUGUUGAAACAGACCAACAAGAAAUUAUUUUAUGGUAUUUUAAUGGCUUUCAAAUAGCUGAAAUCACUGGAGAUCAGAGUAAGCUCUUUACAGAUGAUUGGGGUACUGACAGAUUCAGAGACAGACUGGGACUGGAUCAUCAGACUGGAUCUCUGACUAUCAAUGACCCCCAAUAUUCAGACUCUGGAAUUUAUCAUCUGCGGAUAUUCAGCAACAGAAGAGGAAGCACCAGUAGAAAGAUCUUCAUUGUUGGAAUAUAUGGUUUUUUUGAUGGUGAUGAUACAGAUGGAGUGCCAGCAUUCGUGAAGGAGGGAGAUUCAAUUAUGCUACACACUAGUGUUAAUACAGACCAACAAGACAGGAUUACUUGGUAUUUUUAUGACAAUCUUAUCGCUGAAAUCACUGGAGAUUUCGGUUACAUCUGUACAGAAGUUCAGUGUGAAGAUGCUGAAGAGAAAUUCAGAAACAGACUGAAACUGGACAAUCAGACUGGCUCCCUGACUAUCAUGAACAUCAACAAAACAUAUGCUGGAGUUUAUAAACUACAGAUCAUCAGCAGAACCAAACUCAGUGAAAAGAACUUUAUUGUUGCUGUGUAUGGUGUUGAAGGACGUUACAUUAAAGUGUUAAGUGACGAAUCUUUAACUCUAGAUCCUGGAGAAGUAAAGAAACCAAAUGAUGUGAUGACGUGGUAUUUUAAUGGACACUCUCAUUGCUGAAAAUCACCGGAGA